GCACAUGUGUUGUCUUGUUUUCGCCUAAAUUCUACAUUUCUUUCUUCCACAUAGCUCGUUUUUGCGAAUGAUGUGGAAAUAUAUACCGAAGUCGUGUAUUCACGUAUCAGCGGUGUCUCUAAAGAAGACUGCUGCCAAUAAACGCUGGCUGGUGCGACAGCUCAGUGACCCUUACGUUAAAGCUGCUCACUUUCAGAAUUACCGCUGCAGAAGUGCCUUUAAAUUAAUCGAGAUGGAUGAUAAAUACACUAUAUUGAAACCAGGCUUCACUGUUGUAGAUUGUGGUGCUGCACCUGGAGCAUGGAGUCAAGUUGCAGUUCAGAGAGUAAAUUCAUCAGGAGAAAGUACAGAACUUCCCAAAGGACUUGUAAUAGGAAUAGACUUAUUACGCAUAGCCCCUUUAGAUGGAGCCCACUUCCUGUCCUGUCAUGACAUCACAGACCCUUCAACUCACACAGAGCUGGAAAGGCUUCUUCCUGAAGCUCGCGCAGAUGUCAUCCUCAGUGACAUGGCCCCUAAUGCCAGUGGGCUCAGAGAAUUGGAUCAUGAAAAGCUGGUCACUAUGUGUCUUUCAAUGCUGGACUUGGCAGAGAAGGUUUUGCACCCUGGAGGUUCAUUGGUUUGUAAGUACUGGGAUGGAGCAUUGGCCCAUAAGCUUCGACAGAGGCUUUCUCUUAUGUUUCAGGAUGUAAGAACUGUAAAACCAAAAGCAAGUAGGAAAGAGUCGGCAGAGCUUUUCUUUCUGGCGAGGAUGUUGAAAAAGAGAUAAAUUCUUUUUUUAAAUAUCAUAAAAUAAAAUUGCUGGACUGGUUUUGUUCAUUUGAAAAAUCUGCAUUUACUCAUAUGCAUAAGAAAAUGUAAAUAUAAUAUGUAUGUUGAAAACUAUGUAAAAAGUCUAAUAUAUUACGUUUGAGGUACUUGGGUGCUAUGUAAGGUUUUUUUACAAAUACAAUCAACUAUUAAAAUAAAGAAAAUAAACAGAAGCAUGCAUCUAAAUUACCUUAAAAUAGUAAUUUUAUAUUUAGAGUGCAUUUUGAAAACCCCACUUUCUUCCAAAUGCACAGAGAAAACAAUCAUUAAAGAAACAUCAUAUGUUUGAUGGAUUAGUUUCAUUUUAGCAGAGAUGUUCAGUAUGGCUAUGAAGUCAGUAUGAUAGGGAAGAUAUUCAUUUUGCCAGAGGAUGGCGCUGUUGAGUUGCCAGUCUGAAAACAGCAGCAGGAUUGGAAUAAUCAUUUUCCAGUCUCACAUUCCAAGGCAGUGUGAAGUGAUGGUGUGGACCUGCUGUUAUCAGGAACACCAUUUCCCAGAUUGUUUAAAAGUUUAGUGUUUGGGAGUUAAAAGUCCUGGAUUCCAUGUUUACACACUCUGCUUAUUUAACACCACAAUAAUUUUGUUUUCAUAACCAGAAAGCUUUAAUUGUUUUGCGUGAUGCAAGACUGAAAAUCUGUUUUCCCAGCCAUGUAAAAAGAUGCAAUCAUUCUCUCAUUAUAAGCUGAGGAGCUGGAGAGAGGAUGGAUAAGUGUCUUAUAAGCAUGACUAAUGAGAGGCCUUUGUCCCUAAAGCAGUACAGAUAUUAGCCUCGCACAUUAUUAUUAUCUCAGACACUUGGUUUCUACAGUCCAGAUAUAAAUGACAUCCAGCCAGCGCUACAUGAGUUUCAAGAUUUUUUGUUAAUAUGUGCAAUAUAAAUGUUUUAUUAUGAAAUGUGCGUUAAUGAUUUAUGUCCAAAUCAGAAAUCUGUAAUAUAUAUUGAGGUCUGAUUAGAUAUUUAUAUAUACAGUACUGUGCAAAAGUCUUCGGCCACCACCACCAGCUUUGUUGUUUAAGCAAAGUUUAAAUAUCCAUCCAUAUUUAUUUUGUCACUCUUUUUUUAUGAUACAAACAGAAAAUACAGGAAAUAUGUACACAAAAUUAAAAACAAAACAAUUUUCAGAACUAAAUGUCUUCUUCAGGAAUUAGUCGGUAUUUAGUGUUGACCUCUCUUGGCACGAAACACAUCUUGAGCUUUUUUGAGAAGUCAUUCGAUUAGAAUUAGAAAUUAUUUGAUUUAAUUUAGGUUUAAGAGCUCCUACAACUGCCUGCUAUUGCUCAAGUGGAAGAGGGGUUUACCCUAAAGACUUGAAACUUCAGCUUAUACUUUUAUACAGUUUUUAAUACUAAAUACACAUUUCCUGUAUUUUCUGGUUGUGUUCUAAUAAAAAGACGGAGAAAUAAUUAUAUAUGAUCACUAUACAAUUGCAAAAAUAACAAGCAUGUUGGCCUAAGACUUUUGCACAGUACUGUACAUUUAUGCAUAUGCAGAUGCUUUAUCCAAAGCGACUUACGGUGGAUUACAAAAAAUUAUCAAUGGGUGUUCACUAAUAACUAUAGGAAUUUCAUCAUUAUACAUUUUUUUUAAUACUAUUGGCAAGAACAUGCGAAACAUUUUAAGCAAUUUAAUUUAUAUGCUGUAGGGUUGUUUUAAACAGUAGGAAUAAUGCCAGCUUCAGUAUCGAAUUUCUGUUAUCUGAGCUCAGGAAACUUCAUUUGAGAGACUCAAACAUACCUAAAUUAAUUCUGCCCACAGCUGUAAUGAUUUCAUAUUUGACUGAGCCACAUAAGGUACGGUACAAUUAAUAUGGAAAUUAUUGAAACCUUUUAAUCCGAGUGCCUGUAACAUGUUUCAUUUGUGCCGGCUUGAGUCCAUUUGAAUACUGUGGUUUUUGAUCAUUACUCUGACAUACUUUAUAUAAAAAAUUUUACUCGAGGGACAAUCCACUCCUGCAUCACUGAUAUGUCAAAAAUGUCUUGAGACUACAUCAUAGGAGAUUAAGGAAUUCAUUUAUGCUUGUUAAGAGUUGCAAGAGUGGAAAGUACCUUCAAGGAUUCAAGCAUAUGAGUGA